AUGGUGGUGAAUGUCGCAGUGUCCAGAUUGGAUAAUACGACCCCAUUUGGGUUUAAGCUGGUAGGGGGAGCAGACUUUGAUGUGCCGCUGCAGGUUGUAAAAAUUGUACCCGGAAGUAUUGCAGAAGAGCUUGGUAUUCGCGUCGGGGACGUGGUGGCACGCAUCAAUGAGAUACCGACCAACAACCUUUCAUACUACGAUGCCCAUCAGCUGUUGGCUUGUGCUGGGAAUUCGUUCGUGCUCGGAAUUGUGAGAGCAUACGAGGUUCCAGCCGAACAACGCGCUGUCAAAGAAAGAACUCCAUGCGGUGAGGUCGAAUAUAUUAACACAACGCCGAAGCCGUUCUGGACAUCGGCUAAGAACUCGAAUCGAACCAGCGAGGAGAAUGAAAUCGAAGCAAAGAUUUCAGAUGUUCCCAUCACCGAUGAACAGAUUGCAGAAAUUCUGUCUGGUGAGGCUGAAGUGCUUAAGCAGCACAAUGUGAUUGGAGUUAACUUCCAAAAAAUGAUUCCGGCGUCGGGUGUUUUCAAACAGAGCGAAGUGUUUAAAACACUGAACAAUGAGCUCGUUCAAGGUGAGGAGAAGAGACACACUACCUUUAUGCAGAAACCGACACGCCCACCGCCGAAAACUCGCGAGGAGCGGUUGCGCGAGAUGAAUCCACCGACGGAGCGUUAUCAGGUACGAAUCGUAAAACAACCGAAGCCGAAGAUUGCACCCGAUUACAAGCCACCCAAAUCGCCGGAGCCAAUUCCGGAGCCAGAGCCCGUUCCUAUGUACGACGAAUACUUAACUGAACGGGUAGAAGUUGAAGUGGAGACUUUUCAGACACUGGAAGCCGAACCAGUCAUGCAGAGCACAGGUAAAAGUGGUUCCCCUGGUCCUAAUUCCGAAGAUCCCGAGACAUCCGAGGAAUUUCGUGCACAAUUGGAAAACGUUCAGAAACAGUUGGAGGCCCUAUCAAGCCUUCCGAACACGAUUCAAGCUACGAUUACUGCAUUGACAGAGCAAUUAUCUGCUCUGGCACAACCGAAGCGAAAAUCGAAGUCCAUUACUCCGCGUCCCGAAGAAGGGUCAACGACGAUUAAUUUAGAAACUAGUGCCGAAGCGCCAUCGGAAUCAAUGCCGGAAGUGUCGGAAGCGUUCGAGGUCACUGAGUACUGUAAAACUGAAGCUGAACAGUCAUUCAACGAACAGUCUGCUAGCUCUGACGAAGGCGAGCACAUCAUCUAUACGGACGAGCAGAUAGAGAAGCUGCAGCAAAAGAUGAAGGAACACGACAUCGAGUGGACCGAUCGGAAUGACAAGAGUUCGGAAGAAUCAUCACAGGCGGGUGCAGCCAAUGGUGACACCCGGACGGCUGUGCAGGACGAACUUAAGCUGCAGGUUGUCAAGAAGAAGAAGAAGACCGUAAGUGCGUUUGGUCCGUUGACCCCACAGGAGCGGCCUAUCUAUCUGCCUGGUGGUCGCAAGUGGCGUAAUGCUAAGGACGCCUUCAAUGAGCAAUUUAUCGCCGAGGUGAUCAGCUCACAGGCCGAACUGAUCCAGGGAACUACGCUAGGGCACUUUUACGAAAGUCCACAUCUGGGUUACGACGAUAGGGUCAACUUCCUCAAAUAUCAGAAACCGGAAAAAGACCUCAGUUUCAUCAAAAAUAGUGACGUAUACAAACUGAUCCACGAUCAGGACCCACCGAAGUCCGGCAUCGAGUUGCGUCCCGAGCUGGUGUUGGCCGAGGAAGAUGUGCGAAAGGUAAUGCAUGACGAAACCAUUUUCCAACCCCGUAAAUCUCGGGUGUUUUUGUAUCAAAAUUGA